AUGAGACGCAUCGAGCCGGCAGAAAUCGCCGAGGCCCUCCAGCCGACCUCCAAAACCGGCGACCGCACCGCCGCGAUCAAGAGCCUCAGCAAAUCCCUCCGCCACGCGGACCGCUUCCGCGCGACGUGGGACGCGGUCGGCGGCGCCACGGGCCUCGCGGCCGCCAUGGCCGAGUUCAGCGUCAGCGACGUGCGGACCACGUGUCGCUGGCUCGGGCGCACGGCGUCGGCGCCGGACGCGAGGGCGGAGCGGCGGCCCGCGCUCGGCGAGCUCGUGAGGCUCCUCCACGGCCCCGGGGCGCCGGACGAGAGGCCGCUGAGACGGUUCUAUCAGGACAUCGUCCCGGCGUGCGAGUUGGAGGUCGUGGAGGAGUGGGAGGCGAAGGGGGUCGAGUGGAGCGGGUUUCAGAAGAAGGCGCUGGCGAGGGGCCAUCGCGAGAGGUAUGAGGAGAGGUUCCUGCGGGAGAUCUUUGCGCGAGAUGGGGGGAAGAGUUUCGGGGAGGAUAGGGCGCUUGUGCAGGGGAAUCUGGCGCUCUGUGAGAAGGUUUUGGGGAGGUUGUUGGAGGACGAGGAUCCGCGUGUUUCCGGGGACUUCAUGAAUGAGUUUGCGAUGCCUCUUCUGGUCCGGCUGCUGAUCAACAAGAAGAAGAAGAACUACGAAGAGGCGACGAAGGAGAAGUUCCUCGACUACGUCAUCCGAGCUCUGCAAAAGAACCCGAGCCAGAUCACCCAACAGUUGGACACCCGGCAGAGCGGGCUGCUCCAGCUCAUCAUCCAGAAGUGGAAGAUGGCGCCCGCGGACGGGAAGGAGAGGUUCAGGCUGCGAGUGGUGCAGCUGCUGGAGCUCCAGCCGGGCGGGAAGCGGCAGCUCGAUCUGUCUGCGAUGUUCGGGAUUGCCCAGCGGACGAGGAAACGCCUGGAUCCGGAGUCCAAGUACGAGCUUCUGAGGCUGGCGUUUCGACAUCUGAAGGGCUACGGCAUCGAUAUCGAGGACGACUCGGAGGAGGGUCUCGCCCGGUUGCGGGAUCUUCCCGUGAAGGGCAAUCUCUGGCAGCCGUGGGUAUUCUUCGAGAUCGAGAUCGAGCGGUCGCGUCGGCUGUUCGAGAGGCUGGCGCAGGCCUACCCGGGCGGCGACUUCUUCUCCCCCGCCACCACGAAGAGCGUGCUGAGCCAGCCGAAGGGACCGGAUAACAGCCGCAUUGGCGACGUCGAGGUUCUCAGAGCUCUCCUGACCAGCAAGUCCAAGGCCGGGAUCGACGACACGGCUUGGCUCGUCCGAGCACGGGGGAUCGUGGAGGACAGAAAGAAGAGGGCGGAGCAGUCGCGCGAGCCCGCGCACCGCGCGUUCUGGGCCAAGUCGGCGAUGAACCUGGCCAUCGCCGCGGGAGACCUCGAGACCUUUGGGGACACCGUGCUGUGGGCUCGUCGCUUCGUCAAGGAUCCGUUGACGUCGUGGCAGCUGUACAGCGGCGACGUGCUCGUCGCGGAGGAGGCGAAGGAUCUCUUGUGCGGCGUGCCGAAGAAGAAUACCCCGGCCGCGGCCGCUGCCACCCCCGCGUCGGUGAAGGCGGGCGUCGAUCUCGCCGACAGAAUUCUCGUCGACCUGACCGAGACCGCGAUCAUGGCCGUGCAAGAACCGGGAUUCAAGCGCUCGAGGUGGGAGAAUGUGCUCCAACUACCCCGGGCCGUGGUCGAUAAGCGCCUUGCCAACGAGAGCGUGGAGUCCUUCAACGAGAUCACGAAGUCGGCGGACUCGGAGGACCAGGCCCGGGAUAUCACGGAGAUGCUGUGGAAGCCGACGAUGGAGGUGCUCCUCGAAAUAGAGGCCCUACUCUACAGCAAGACAGCCACGGCUCUGCUGGACUCACGCAAUAGUGUGGAAGUCCAAGCAGUCUACGUUCUACGAAACCUCCGCGGCGCGACUCCGGCGUUGUUGGCGGAGCUGGCCCGGUUUCUCAUGGACGGGAUGAGGGCGCGCCUGGGCCAGAAGAGGUUAAACGUGCAAAUGGGCAACAUCAUCGAGAUCGUCCUCCGCGUCGCCAACAGCGACGAGCCCGCUCUCGCGUGCCCCUUCAUCCGCGACCUGAUCAUGGACGGAGGCGAGAACAGCUCGUGGCAUCGCCAGCUCAUCAACGUCGGGUUCCUCUCGAACCUGCCCUCCAAGGCGGCGAAGGAGUUCCUGCAUACCAUGGCCGGCGCCAUGCGAGACAAGAUGCGUGAGCAGAACGCGCGGCCAUUCGUCAAGGGCGGGGAGAACAAGGGUCCGAAGCCGGCGAUCAAGGUCACGACCAUCAAGAUGAUGGCGCAGGUGCUGCACAACAACCUCUUCAUCAGCGCGCUCUCGACCUGCGACAUCCUCACGGCGCUGCUCUCGGAGGCGAGACACAUCGACGCGCGGAUCACGAUCGUGCAGAGUUUGAUGAGCACUUUGGAGGUCCCGUCAUGCCCACCGGAGCUGCGGGCGCGUGUGCUCGACGCGCUGGAGAGGCAUGUGGUGCCUGCGGCGGCGCAGCUUAGUGAGAGGAGGCCUUAUACGGAGGAGGACUGGGCCGACGGGCUUCCGGAGGUCGGCGAGGAGACGCCGUUGCUGAAGUUGCUGCUUGACCAAGCCCAGAACACGAAGCUUAACCCGGACGACAAGCAGAGAAUCGCUAAGCUCGUCGUUAGUGCGCUUGAGGGAUCCGCGGUCACCAACGCUCGCUGGAUGAAGCUCUUCCUCGCGACGAAUAAGCUCGUUGAGGGCGAGAUCGAACUCCCCAGGUGUCCGGUGAAUCCCGCGAUGCUCUCGUCGUUCUUUGCUGGAUGGACGGAGUACAUGCCCGCCUCUCUGUUCGGGAUGCUGUGCGAAAUCGCACUUACGAACGCCAGCCCGUCUGUCGAGAUUCAACGCGUUACAAAAGCAGUCAAGAAGAACCGAGAUCUGGUCGAUAGCAACGCGGGAAAACAUUGGCUGAAGCAGUUCGACAACACCGGGAACAAUUCAUUCGCACUCGGACUCGGGCACGCAGCCUUCGUGCUGAAGCGGUACGAGCGAGAGAUACCCUCGAAAUUGGAGGGCGGAGGCGGUAUCACCCUCCAGCUGGUGCAGGACUUCGUGCUUGCGGCCGCCAGGAGCUUCGUCCUCAACGGCGACUUCGAGAUGCUCGACGCGUUGUUCUCCAAGCUGCGCUCGGUCGGGGCCGAUAACUGGUCGGCGGGCUGGAAAAACUGGCAGGCCAAUAGCGUUCCCCUGAUGAAGGACGCCAUCGCGCUCAUCGAGGACAUACGCUCAGGGAAGGCCGCCAGGACGUCAUCGCAGCUCCGCGUCUUGCCCAGCACGAUCAGGCUGAGGACCGCGGUGCUCCCCAUGCCUUACCACCGGCACCCGGCGCUGGACGAGGACGUCGACUUCUUCGUCGCGGAGCUGUCGGAGCUCAUCGAUGCGGUCGCGAGCCGCCGGCUGUACCACGCCGACUUUGCGCAUGUGAAAAGCGAAGUCUUGAAGGUUAUCCGGAGCGAAGAUCUUGCGUUGUUCGCGCUGAAGCUGGGGCGAAGGGGUUCUCUGUCGCAGCAGCCGACCUUGGCAGAUUAUCUGCGGCUGGAGCUCGUUGGCGAUCUACUGCUUGCUUGUAAAGACCCGAAAGAUGAACAUGUUGUGGAGGGUGUGCGGCUGUUCUUGCGCGAGUGGGCGGGUGUUGGGGAGGAGGAGUUGAGGGGGAUGGGGUUAGCGAUUGAAGGGAGGCUGAGGGGGCAGGGGAAGAAGGCUUGGAUUAGCUUGGGUGAGCAGGAGUGA